UGUCCACUAGCCAAAGUCACGUUGACCAAGCAAUGCAUGUACAUAACCAGUAGGUCCCACAUCGAUCAAAAUGUUGUCGUUGAGUACUUGAGUCCCAUAGUUAUCAAAACUAGGUGUUGACCUAGAAACCUUUACAAAUUGGAUCGGUUGCCAUCUUCAUUUCACUCAAAUCUCUCAUAGCUUCCAAAUUCCAGUAAUUCAUAAUGGUUGUUAUCACUGAAUACGUACCUGAUUAUGAGGUAUUUUUAAGUUUUAGAGGUGUUGACACUCGUAAUAAUUUCACGGAUCACCUCUACAACGCCCUUUUGAUGGCUGGCAUCGUCACGUUUUUUGACGAUGAAGAGAUUGAAACUGGAGAACAACUGAAACCAGAACUGGAAAGUGCCAUUAAGUCAUCUAGAGCUUCUAUUAUCGUCUUGUCCAAGAAUUAUGCUUCUUCCACCUGGUGCCUAGAUGAACUGGCAUUAAUCCUUGAGCAAAAGGAGAUCCGUAAACAAAUCGUUAUCCCCAUCUUCUAUCAUGUCGAGCCUACCCAUGUCAGGAAGCAACAAAGCAGCUUCGCGGAUGCAAUGGCAAAACAUGAACAAAGGAUGCUGGCAGAAACAGAUGCAGACAAAAGAAGUCAAUGGGGUCAGAAGAUGGAGUUAUGGAAGAUGGCUCUCACAGAAGUUGCUAAUUUAAAAGGGAAAGAUGUCACGAACAGGAAAGAGACGGAGUUUAUCGAUGAAGUUGUCAUCGACAUCCGCCGUAGAUUAGGUGUACCUUUAAGCAAUACUCUGCCAGCCCUUAUUGGGAUGGACUCUGAGAUUAGGUUCAUUAGCUCAUGGUUGACUGAUGGAUCCUGUCAUACUGUUGACGUUCUUACAAUUGUAGGCAUGGGCGGGAUUGGGAAGACAUCUUUGGCACAAUAUGUUUUCACGUUAUACUCGCGUAAAUUCCACAAAAGCUGUUUUGUUAAAGAUAUCAAUGCAAGUUGUAAUCGCUUUCAUGGGUUGCUUGAUCUACAAAAGAAACUUCACAAAGACAUAUCAAAGAAAACCAUGUUACAAGCUAAUGAUGUCUCUGAGUACACCUCUAUGAUUGGAAAUGUACUAGCCCGUAAAAUGGUGUUUAUAGUGCUUGAUGAUAUUGGUAGUCUCGACCAGUUGGAUGCUUUACUUGGAAAUAAAGGUUUGCAUCCAGGAAGUAAAAUCAUAAUUACAACCAAUGAUGCAUCUUUAACAGAAAGGUGUGCAUUAUUCAAUUCACAAGUUCAACCUAAGCAUAAGAAGGUCUCACUUAAUGGCUUGUCGGAAACGAAAUCACUAGAGCUUUUAUGCAUUCAUGCAUUCAAUAGCCAUAUGCCCGAAGAAGGUUAUAAAGAUGUCUCAAAAGAGCUUGUAAAAUACUGUGAAGGACAUCCAUUGGCUAUCGAAGUUUUGGGUAGGUCUCUGCAAAAACAUGAUGUAGCACAUUGGGAAGACAACAUAAAAGAGCUAAAGAAAGAACCUCAUUCCAAAGUAAAAAAGGCAUUGGAGAUGAGUAUUGAUUCUUUGCCAUCUGAAAAUAAUAAGGAGUUGUUUAAGCAUAUUGCCUGUUUUUUUGUGGGGAGAGAUAAAGAUGUAUCUGAAACAAUAUUGAAAGCAUGUGAUAUAAACACAAGAUCUGGGAUUGUGAAUCUCACUAACAGAUGUCUCCUUGGUAUUGGAUGGGAUAACAAGUUGAUGAUGCAUCAAUUGGUUCAACAGAUGGGAAGAGAGUUGGUACGUCAAGAAUCACCUGAGAAGCCAUGGAAGCGUAGUCGAUUAUGGUGUCACGAGGAGUCAUUCAAAGUGUUGAAACAAAAAAAAGGUAAGGGAAAUCUCCUAGGCCUUGCCCUUGACAUGAGAAUGCUUGAAAAAAAGAAGUUGCGAGAAACGUUUGAGCUGAAAACAAAGUCAUUCUCUCAGAUGGAUAAUCUGAUGCUACUACAACUUAAUUAUGUGGAACUAAAAGGGACUCUUAAGAAUCUUCCAGAGGAACUAAGAUGGUUGUGUAUGCAAGGGUCUCCUUUAAAGUCUAUACCUUUAGACUUAACAACGGAGAAUCUGGUUGCUCUUGACUUAUCUUAUAGCAAUAUUGAAUCUUUUGACAUGUCUUGUAGCAACCCAAAAUCACAUGCGAAGAGGCAAACGUUGGUUGGAUCGCUGAAGAUCCUUGAUCUGAGUUUCUGUGAACAACUUCAUACUGUUGGUGGUUUUUCGGAACUCCCAGCACUUGAGAGGUUAAUAGUUAGAAAGUGCAUAGGUUUGAUUGAGGUGUGUGAGUCAGUUGAGAAAUGCGUUGAACUUGUCCACAUUGAUAUGAGUUACUGCUACAACCUCAAAAAGGUUCCUUUAGCAUUAGGCAAGUUAAAGAAGGUUAAAACACUACUAUUAGAUGGUUGUAGUUCGGAUGAAUCUAAAAUCGAGACAAUACCAAGGGAAUUGACGCUCAUUGCGCUUUCUUUACCGAGCUCAUUGAGAACUUUGUCACUUGCAAACAAUAAUUUGUCUAAUGAAUCCUUUCCCAUGGACUUCAGUUGCCUAUCCAUGUUAGAGGAAUUAUGUUUGGAUACUAACCCAAUCGUUUCAAUGCCUAAUUGUGUGAGAAGCCUUCCUAGGCUUCAGAAACUUAGCAUGGAUCGCUGUGAUAAGGUGAUAUCGAUUGAGCAUCCUCCAUGUACGCUAAGAGAAUUGUCAAUCAAUUCUAGUAAUUAUAAGAGGUCACUAAGGAAAAUUAAAUUUGAUCCAGUUAUGUCCCCACUCACCUUAAAUGGAACUUCGAAUAUAAUGUCCAAUUCUUCCCUUGAGAUUGAUGGCAUUGUGCAAAUCCAAGCUAUGUCAGGUGUUGAGGAAAAGAUUUUACAUAGUUUGGGUUGGACAAAUUUGGACUUUAUUAUAAAAAAUAACGAAAGACGCUUGAGAACUUACAUCUAUGGAUCAGGAUCAACUGACUGUCAAACCCAGAUGUAUUACGAAUUUGGAAUAUUCAGCACAUUUUAUCGGGGGGAUGAGAUUCCAAAUUGGAUUAGUUGUAGAAGCAAGGGCCAAUCAAUAUCAUUUACCAUCCCAUCAUCUCCUAAGAAGCUCCGAGGAUUGAAUAUAUGCUUUACUUUUGAGACGUUUCCAAAAAAUGAUUUUUGUGACUUGCCAAUGAUGAAAAUUAGUAAUGUUACAAAAAACCACACCUGGAUUUAUGACCAUUUUAUUGAAGAAGUCAGCAUUGGUGAAAAAUGUUGUCUAAGUUGGUUAAGCCAUUGGAUGUUUGGGCCGAAUGAGAUGAAAGCCGGUGACCAGAUUACUGUCAUUAUAUCACAUAGAUAUAGUGAUGCGCAAGUUACAAAGGAGUGUGGGAUUGGUGUUGUGUAUGAUGAUGAUGGUAGUAUGGAAGAAGAAGAUGCUUUGGGAUAUUACAAGUCAUGGAAUCACAUAAUUGGUGGAGAUCUCUCUGCUUUUCAAAAAACAACAGGAGAAUACAUCCUAGAUAACAACCAAUUUUUGAGGCGUUCCAGUGGACCAUACGGAUUUUAUCCUUCUUUCACUGAUUUACAAGCCAAUUUUAAAGAAGAGAGACUGAUGUUUAAAGCCUUCUCAGAAAAGAAGUCCGUCUGCAAUAGUUGGUGAGGUAGAUUUCAACACUCAAACCCUUGUCUAACCAUAGCUACACAUUACACUACAAAAAUUGUGUACAUCAAAGUUGUUGGUCACAGAAUUAAAGGAGUUACAACCUAUGGAUAUACGCUUGGAAAUUGCAACUUAACAUCACAAGGCUUUAACAGAUUAAUCUUCAAAGAGGUUUAAUGAGACUUGUUUACCUGCUUGUAUUAUGGCUUUAGUUUUCCCUAGCUUGUUUGUCUUUGGAAUCUUUAUUUAUAUUUAACAGACAAAAUAUUUUAUGUUCA